CAUAAGCUAGCUAGCUGGGUUGAAACUGAAUUCCCACUGAUUUCACUGAGCCCAGGAUUUCAGCAAACACUGAAUAUUAAGCACUUUCCAGAACUGUUGCUUAGUAGGCAGUCACAGUGCCAUUUCCUUUUGUGCUUCCUCCUCCUCUGAAUGCAGAACCCAUUAGGUAUCUGCCAUAUAAAAGGCAUAUUUUCCUUUGGCCAAAUACCAUGUUCUGGUACACUUCAUCAGACUAAGACUAAAAAGCCACAAUAUUGCUCCAAACAUUUUUUUGCAUUUGAAAUAUCAUAUCCAAGUAAAACACCUUAUACUGAUUUAUAGGGUGACCGCCUACACGGUCCUGCUAAUGGAUUCCCAGGGCUCUGCGGCAUCAUCAGAAAUCAAGCGGUAACAUUGUGAAUUGUAACUGUUUUUUCCUAACAGUUUACAGAAGGCUAGGUCAGGGAACAAUGUAUUACAGCCUUGUUGAGAAAACUGCCAGAGACGCCUCCACCUAUGGCAGUUUCACAUCCUUCAAGCAGCUGGUUUUGGCAGACUGCUGUGAAUACAAGUAUUUCGGUGAGCGUGGUCUUAGGUGAUCGUGAUACUGUAGUAUCUGUGCUCUUUGCUCUUACUUUCUAAGGAUUUAAAUAUUUCAUUUUUGUUCAUUUGUAUAAUAUAUCCUGGGAUGAAAAGGUAGUUGUGAAAAUGGUACUGAAAAGCUCUCUCCCUUAUCCCCAUCAAAAUAGACCAAUCCUGUCAGCGCACUCAAACCCCGAAUUUGUUAUCAUUUAAGUCAUAGCGAAUCAAUGGGAAAUAUCAGAGCAAUGAAUGAGCAGAGCUUCAUCCUGACCCACAUUUGCAUGAUAGGCUGAUAACAAAACAACUGAGCAAAUGGAGUAAGUGGCCAUGGGACAUGUCCGUUGUCUGCAGAGACUAUUGCAAAGGUGUGGACUCAGAUCCCACUAAAGGCAACAGGAAGUUUCUUACUGAAGGGAAAAAAAGUUGGAAGAGGACCAGGAAACUGUAACAGCUCAGGAACUAAGGACAUGCCACCUUGGUAGCUUUCCAAUUAAAAGCAAACAAACAAACAGAAAACAAACAAAACCAAAAAGCUUUCCCCCCCUUUUAUAUAAUACAUAUAUUUCUACCUAGUAAUUUUUAAAAACACCAUUCCUUUGAAACAAAACCAAUUCUUCUUUGUAGACAUUCUUUCUGCACCGUUUGCUUUGUCUAUGAUAGAAGUUUGACCUUCUGUCCCAAAAUCGUAAGGGUCAACUGAAAACCCCUACAGAGAAAUCUGAGCUCUCUCGUGCUGUGCCAUCUGAUGCUUUCUAUCUACUGUGGCUGCAAAGGGGUGUGAAAAGAGACAAAGUCAUUUCUGGAGCUCAUACGACUUUGUUCUUCAAAAGUCUUUCCUUAACAACAUUGGAUUUGAGAUUUUGGUGGCCGAAAGGAGAUCUUGCCGUUGUUGUCUUUUGUGCGCAGCAUAACUGAAUUGAAUUAAGAAAUUACGAGGAAACUGCUUCAUUUUGUGAGAGCACAAAGCUUGGGGAAAGCAAUUUCACAGAAGUUAUGACGGGAAUCGUAUGCACCAUUUUCUUUAAGAGUCUUCUUUUGCCGCCCCAUUCAUCACUCUGGGGUCUGAGCACUGCCCUGCCAUCAUGCUUUUUAUCCCGGAAAAGUGUGCCGUGCCUGUUCCUUAAAAUAGCGCCCAGCUUCCCUUGUGCGCACACCUUGUGGAGCCCGGCGUCGGCAGGAGGUACCACUCACUGUCCAUCCCUCCUGUCGGUAGGACGAGCGAUUGAGACACUCACCUUUGGUCCCCGGCCAGGACUCAACUGUUGUGACUCCAAUUAUACUCAGAACGGAUCCACAGGGAUUUUUCUUCUACUGGACAGAUCAAAACAAGAUGGUGUAGCUGACAAGACGGAAGAAGAAACAAAGGAACAAUCAGGAACAUAAAUGGAAUAUUUCAGUGACUAUCUGAAGAUGACCAACUGCACCUUAGCUACAAAUUUGCAUCCUAACUCUGAGACAGAGCUGCUCGAUAUCAGUCUUGUCAAAGAUGCCAGAUGUGGAAAACAUGCCAGAGCUCCCAAGGAUCCAAAGCUGCGUGAGCUGCUGGAUGCUGGGAACGUUGGAAGUCGGCUUGAAAAUCGAAUGAUAACUGUUGUCUAUGGACCAGACCUGGUCAAUAUAUCGUACUUGAACUUGGUGGCGUUUCAAGAGGAUAUAGCGAAGGAAUGGUCAGAUGAAGUGUUCAGUUUGGCAACAAAUUUGUUGGCACAGAACAUGUCAAGGGACGCAUUUCUGGAAAAAGCCUACACAAAACUUAAACUACAGGUGACUCCAGAAGGACGCAUUCCUCUGAAGAACAUAUACCGCUUGUUUUCUGCUGACAGAAAACGUGUAGAGACAGCAUUAGAAGCUUGUAAUCUUCCAUCUUCCAGGAAUGAUUCAAUCCCUCAAGAUGACUUCACGCCCGACGUGUACAGAGUGUUCUUAAACAACCUCUGCCCUCGACCUGAAAUCGACCACAUCUUUUCCGAGUUUGGUGCCAAGAGUAAACCAUACCUUACUGUUGAUCAGAUGAUGGAAUUUAUAAAUCUUAAGCAACGUGAUCCACGAUUAAAUGAAAUCCUUUAUCCACCAUUAAAACAGGAACAAGUUCAACAACUGAUUGAGAAAUAUGAACCCAACAGUAACCUAGCGAAGAAAGGACAGAUAUCAGUGGAUGGAUUUAUGCGAUAUCUGAGUGGAGAAGAAAAUGGCGUUGUUCCACCUGAGAAACUGGAUUUAAAUGAAGAUAUGUCUCAACCACUGUCACACUAUUUCAUCAAUUCCUCACACAACACCUACCUCACAGCUGGACAGCUGGCCGGGAACUCUUCGGUGGAGAUGUAUCGGCAAGUGCUUCUGUCAGGCUGCCGCUGUGUGGAGCUGGACUGCUGGAAAGGGCGAACAGCUGAAGAAGAGCCGGUCAUUACGCACGGCUUCACUAUGACAACUGAAAUAUCUUUCAAGGAAGUAAUAGAAGCUAUUGCUGAGUGUGCAUUUAAGACAUCGCCCUUUCCAAUCCUCCUUUCCUUUGAAAAUCAUGUGGAUUCCCCUAAGCAACAGGCAAAAAUGGCAGAGUACUGCAGAUUAAUAUUUGGAGAUGCAUUGCUUAUGGAUCCACUGGAGAAGUACCCGCUUGAACCUGGGGUUCCUCUUCCAAGCCCUAUGGAUUUAAUGUACAAAAUUCUGGUGAAAAAUAAAAAGAAGUCACAUAAGUCUGCAGAUGGAAGUGCCAAGAAGAAGCUCUCAGAGCAAGCUUCCAACACGUGCAGUGAUACAUCUAGUAUGUUUGAGCCUUCCUCCCCAGGAGCAGGAGAAGCAGAGAUUGAGAGUGAUGAUGAUGAUGACUACGAUGAUGAUUGUAAAAAGUCGUCGAUGGAUGAAGGUACUGCUGGAAGUGAGGCUAUGGCCACAGAAGAGAUGUCUAACCUGGUGAACUACAUUCAGCCUGUGAAAUUUGAGUCAUUUGAGGUAUCAAAAAAACGCAACAAAAGUUUUGAAAUGUCUUCCUUUGUGGAAACCAAAGGGCUUGAGCAACUUACCAAGUCUCCUGUGGAAUUUGUGGAAUACAACAAAAUGCAGCUAAGCCGAAUUUACCCAAAAGGAACACGUGUAGAUUCUUCAAACUACAUGCCACAAGUCUUUUGGAAUGCUGGCUGCCAAAUGGUUGCUCUCAACUUCCAAACUGUAGAUUUGUCUAUGCAAAUAAACAUGGGAAUGUAUGAGUACAAUGGCAAAAGUGGAUACAGGUUAAAGCCAGAAUUCAUGAGAAGACCAGACAAACACUUUGAUCCAUUUACUGAGAGCAUUGUGGAUGGAAUCGUAGCUAACACCUUGUCUGUGAAGAUUAUUUCAGGCCAGUUUCUUUCUGAUAAAAAAGUUGGUACCUAUGUAGAAGUUGACAUGUUUGGCCUGCCUGUGGAUACAAGAAGAAAAGCUUUAAAGACCAAGACCUCGCAAGGCAAUGCAGUUAAUCCUGUCUGGGAAGAGGAAACUAUAGUGUUCAAGAAGGUUGUUUUACCUACCCUGGCAUGUUUGAGGCUAGCAGUGUAUGAGGAAGGAGGGAAAUUUAUUGGUCAUCGGAUAUUACCAGUCUCAGCAAUUCGACCAGGCUACCACUACAUCUGUUUGAGGAAUGAGAGGAACCAACCUUUGACACUGCCAGCUCUCUUUGUGUACAUUGAGGUCAAAGACUAUGUGCCUGAUACUUUCGCAGAUGUGAUCGAGGCCUUAUCCAAUCCAAUCAGAUAUGUAAACUUGAUGGAGCAGAGAGCUAAGCAACUGGCAGCACUGACUCUGGAAGAUGAAGAAGAGGUAAAGAAAGAGGUGGACCACGGAGAUGCACCAUCUGAAGCUAACAGUGAACCUAGGCCAACACCAGCAGAAAAUGGAGUAAAUCACACUGCCUCUCUUACAUCGAAACCAACAACUCAGGUUGUCCAUAGCCAACCAACACCAGGUUUGGUGAAAGCACCCGCGAAGACCGAAGAUCUUAUUCAGAGUGUCCUCACAGAAGUGGAAGCGCAGACUAUUGAAGAGCUAAAACAACAGAAGUCAUUUGUUAAGCUUCAGAAGAAGCACUACAAAGAAAUGAAGGACCUUGUUAAAAGGCACCACAAGAAAACCACUGAUCUUAUCAAAGAGCACACUGCAAAGUAUAAUGAAAUCCAAAAUGACUAUCUGCGACGAAGAGCAGUUUUAGAAAAAACAGCAAAAAGAGACAGUAAGAAAAGAUCUGAAACAGGCAGCCCAGACCAUGGUUCAUCAACUAUUGAACAAGAACUGGCUUCCCUUGACUCUGAAAUGACCCAGAAGCUAGUUGAGUUGAAGGAAAAGCAACAGCAGCAGCUGCUAAACCUCCGACAGGAGCAGUAUUACAGUGAAAAGUACCAGAAGCGAGAGCACAUUAAGCUGCUUAUUCAGAAGUUGACAGAUGUAGCAGAGGAAUGUCAGAACAGCCAGCUAAAGAAACUGAAAGAAACGUGUGAAAAAGAAAAGAAAGAAUUGAAGAAAAAAAUGGACAAGAAGAGGCAGGAGAAGAUCACAGAAGCAAAAUCCAAGGAUAAAAAUCAAAUGGAAGAAGAGAAGACUGAAAUGAUUCGAUCGUAUAUCCAGGAGGUGGUGCAAUACAUAAAAAGGCUAGAGGAUGCUCAGAGUAAAAGACAGGAGAAACUGAUAGAAAAACACAAGGAGAUCCGUCAGCAAAUACUGGAUGAAAAGCCCAAGUUGCAGGUGGAACUUGAUCAGGAAUAUCAAGACAAAUUCAAAAGACUGCCUUUGGAAAUUCUGGAGUUUGUACAGGAAGCCAUGAAAGGGAAAAUCAGUGAAGAUGGAGACCACAGUUCUGCCCCCUCUUCUCUGGCAUCUGACAGUGGGAAAUCAAAUCAUAAACCUCUGCAAAGUGAAGAGGAACUGGAAGAAGAUAAUUCAGAAAAAGUGUUUGAUACUACUUUUUAACUGCCCAGCACUAAUUGGUGCGCCAGGGCACACCACUCCCCAACUACUCGGCUCUGCUUUCCUAAUGUGAGCUGCAACUGAAGCACUUCGGAAGGCAGGAGGAAUCUGUAUUCAAGUGCACAUUUCCCAGAAGGAACGUUUUAUAAAAGAUUUGUGCAAAGGUCUUCAUUCCCAUUCUUCAGCUUAUUAUUAUGCUAAAGCGUAGUGCAGUCUAAUGGGAAAAUUAAUAUGUUCACCAUCCUCUCUCUCUCUCUUUUUUUUUUUUUUUUUGGCCAAUUUUCAAUGGGUAAUUUUCUGGCCAUGUUCACUGUUAAGAAUGUUUAAUGAAGACCAGUAUAUUGAAAAGAGACAAAUGUGUGCAGAUUUCCUUUUGAAGUGCCAGUGCAGAGUGCUCCAAACUAAUACAGAUCCUAGAGAAUAUUAUAACAGUACUUAAUUAUAUUUGUUUCCUACUUUAUAACUGCACCUUGACAACCGUACCAUCAUUUUACAUUUGCACUGAAACAUUUAAUCCUUUUUAGCUUUGCAAGCACUGGUGGCUUGCUGUCUUAAUAUUAUGUUUAUCACGGGGACAGAAAUAUAAUUGCUGCUGAAAACUCUUGGAACUGUGGAGAAGAGAGAGAAAGAGAAGAAAUUUGCCUGGAGAUUGUUGGUGUUUGUGUAUGUCUGUGUUUGUUACACCGUGUGAGUGCAUAUAUGUUGGUAUAUAUAUAUGUGCACACACAUCUGUCUAUAUGCACACAUGGCAUGUUUAUAUUUGAAGUCGAUGUGGUCUCUUGGUGAAAUGAAAAGUUUCAGGGAUACGUGUAUAGAGAAUCUUUAUGAAAGCUAACAUCUGGGUUGUACUGAUAUAAAAUAGUCAUUAAAUCAUAAAGUUCUUUUUGUGGUGUUAGUGUUGUAAAUCAAAGUAGUUUUAGAAUAUAAAUUUGAUAUAUAUUUUGCAGACUUAAAAGUAUUGAUUUUAAGUAUCAUAUUUUAAGCUUACUGAAUUUGAUAGGAUUAUAAAAUGUUUAGGACUACAGUAUUUGAAAUUGAACAGAAUCUUCCAUUAUUUUUAAGACUGAGGUUCAGUUUUACUAAGGUCUGGAAUUUAAAAGGCAAAAUAUAAAAACGUGAUCAUUGAUAUUUAAAAAUAUAUAUUAAUCCAUUUAACUGACUAAGAACAAUCAAAGUUUAUGUACUGUAUGAUAUGAAUGAGAGAAGUAACAGCACACGUAGAGAAAUUUAUAUCAAACGACAAAGAGACUUUCAUGAAAGUCAGGAUAUAUGAAAAGGUAAAGAAAUGCUAUUCUCUGGCAUCCCAUAUUAACAGAAAUAGGAAUUAUAAAACAUUACAGAUGGAUUCUUGUUUGUGUCCGAGCCAUUGCAUGAUGCUAAAGGCUCUUCCCUUGGAUGUGUAGUGAAAAGGCGUGUUAUGGCAAAAAACAUAGAUUUGCUUAGAGAGGCCUGAUCCUGCAAAAUCACAUCCACAACUGACACUGCGUACCGCUGGGCUCGGUGGAACUUCUUUGGGUUAAUAAUGUUCAUAUACGUGUUUGCAAGAUCAGGGCCUUACUUCGUAUUCAGCAGUGGAGAAAGAAGUCAAUUGCAUAGGGAAGCAUUUUAAUACGUCAUAACAACAAAGUUACUUUUCUUCCUUUCCCUCAGGAUUUUAGUACUUUAAAGUAACAUAUUUUAUUUGAAUUUAAGCAAUAAAAUUGAGAUUAAGAUUUCAGUUACGGAAUUGUGUAUAUAUUUAAGUUCAAAUCAUGGAAGACAAACAGUAUUUUGAUGUUUCUUUUUUAAACCUAGAGUGGAAAAAAUUGCAGAGUUUGGAGGUUGUAUUUUGGAUUAAAACUGUCUUCAUUUAUGACGAUGAAAGUAGUGAGCAUAAAACUCAAAAAUCUGACUUCCAUCUUAAUACUAGGAAAGGGGAAUCCUCUGUAAAUCUUUGUUUUGCACUUUGAAAUCAAUAUUAAUCAUUUAUGGAAAAUGAAGAGUCAAGAUGUAAUGCUGCAUUUUAUAAAGUGAAAAUGACAUAUUGUUUAAAUUAUUAAAAGUAUAAACUGAUAGCAGUGUUGACAAUAAAACUGAAGACUAUCGCAUUACAGAACUCAUUGUACAGUGCAGGCUUUUAGGUAAAAUCUUAGCUCCUUUGAAUUUCAGUGGUACGCUCCCAUGGACUUCAGCGGAGCCAGGGUCUCACCACAGUCUUUGAAGAAACUUGGGCAAAUACCAAUUAAUCUUUUAUUUAUAUUUAAAAAUGCAACAAAACUAUUCUGGUUGGAUUAAGUAUACUAUCAGCUGUAGUCAUUUUACAGUACGUUUGUAUUUGACCAUUUACUGUACUCACAUUUUUUUAUAUCUGUACAGUGCCACUUUCUGCAGGUGUAAGGUAGUGUGUGAUACUGUACAUCUUGCAUUGUUCAAACUAUUUCAGUGAAACAGAUAUCAUUUAAUAUUGAUAUUACUUGAACUAGAGUAAGAUAAUGAAAAAGGGUCUUUAUGAUGUGCAAGUCUUGUGCCUUUUAUGUAUUUGCCUUGUUCUGUGUUGAAUGUGUGGAAAUGCUGUAUUGUGGAUUUUCUGCUGUAUAGAAUAGAGCUGUCUAUAUUAAACUAGGUCGUGCACUUCAGAUAUCCUUACACUACUGAAAAUAGCUUGGUUUUGGCAGUAUAAACAGAAUUUUAAAAAUUCUAAUGACAGCCAGACAUUUUAGAUUUAACAUGUUCAUAAUUAUGUUAAUUAAUGCUCAUGUAUUAGCUAAACAUUCACUGAAAGAUAACUAAAGGGACAUCAUUGCUUGCCUUCCUUUGAAAUCAGUGUUGCUCUUGUACAUUGUAUUAAUAGUGUCUGUAAUUGAUUAGUCCUUGAUGAUUUGCUUUCAAAGUAGGAUGAAAUAUUUCAGUUAACAUGUACAUAUUUUUUUGGUUCUUCAAUCUAUGAUUGUUUCAGAGGCAUAAUUCACAUUUUUGUAAAAAUUCUAUGCAAUUUUGUGGCAUGAUGUUUCUUCCACUUGUAAUUUUAUGUGCUUACAUUACAGAUCCAAAGGACAAAUAAAAAUUUCUUAACACAA